UUCAAGUUUCAGUUGCAAAAAAGAUGUUUCCGUUGGAAUUCAAAUUCCAGUAUUUCCAAAAGAGAUCAGUCAAGGAGCAACGGCUCUAUGACUACAAAGAUCGCUUUUUCACUGCGAUUCAUUACUUAGCUAUCAUUCUGGUAGUUUCUUCUUCGUUUUUCACUGGUGUCCCCUACCCCGACUAUAUAUCAUGGAACAUGACCCAGCAUUGUGAUAAUGAAAAUUUUAAGCAACCCUUAACUCCAGUUGACAAAACAUGGGCAAUUGUGACAAUUGUAAUCGUUACUUGCUUAGUCGUGUGUCUGAUGUCAACCCGGAUAAUAAUUUACGGCUGGGUGAACAAGGAUGUGCUGGAUAUAAUGAACUACUUCUUCGGCUUUUUAACCCUGUGGGUCGGAAGUUACGUCCUUAAGAACCUCAUCGGUUAUCCCAUCCCGUCUUUCUUCACCAAUGACGAACUCUACUUAUUUUAUUGUUGCCAGUCUUGUCCUUCAAACACAUCAACGAAAAAAUUUACAGAUCUCGACCGCUACUCCCGUGGUGCUUUUCCCUCUUUCCUAAUCUGCUCCAUUUCCUAUGCCACUGCUUUCCUCUUCGUACUUUGUACUUAUUUGGAUGAAAAAAAACGUUUUGCAACUAAACUCCUCGCAUUGUUGGUACCUGGAGGCGUCUCACUCACUUACUCUUGGUACUUGUGGCGCAACAACGAGAACCAUCUCCAAGACGUCGUCGGAGGUGCACUUUUUGGAAGUUUUCUGGGUGCUUAUAUUGCCAGAGAUAUCUUUCAAAAGAAUAACAAACUGGGUAAAUUUUACGACAAUUUUGUUUCCGUGAUUAUAGCAAGAGAGGUUGUUACACAAGUGCAAAGGGAAAAUACAGACGAGAGGAACAGAUCUAACGAAUAUGUCAUCAAUUUGUACUCGCACGAACAUCCAGUUUCUCAGCUUCAGAAUAAUAUCAAUAGUAAUUAUAAUUCAACUGUUCUUAACGACUAUCCACCACCAUACUCCAGUCUUAAUCUAACAGAAUAACUCGUUUUUUAUAAUUUCAUACUUACACAAGUUUUGUGCAUUUAUUUUAAUCUGUUAAAAAGUAUGAUAUUUAUGGUAUUAUUGUAUUCUUAAAAUUAAUAAA